AACAAACACGUUUCUUCUUACCUCUAUUGUAUUGUAUAUUAAUAAGACCUCAACCAAAUCAAGGACUCAGGAAUAUGAAUUUGUUUUCAGAAACAGCCAAGGAGAAGAACAUUCCUGCUAUGGAGGCCAUGAAGAUUACGGAAAUCCCCGAAGAUUUGGUGACAGACAUUCUAGUAUCUCUUCCGGGAAAGUCUCUGCUACGAUUCAGGUGCGUCUGCAAAUCUUGGUGUGAUCUCAUCGGAAACCCUAAUUUUGUCGCAGAACACCAUCACAAGCAAACCAUUCUUAAUUCUAAUGUCCGCUGCGUCAUCGGGAGGGAUGGCUCUCACAACUCUGAACCCAUGAUAUCUAUCAUCAAAGAUGACGGUGACGAGAUCCCUACGGUUAUAGAAGCCAUCUCUACUGUGUGUUUUGGCAAAUUCAACCUAGUUGUGGGUCCGGUUAAAGGUUUAUAUUGUGUGUGUGGAGAUGAUUUUGUUAUCAUUUGGAAUCCAGCUACAAGGGAAUUGAAGAGACUCCCUGAUUCCCAAUUGGAGCCUCCUGAUUUGCGUAGGUCGUUGUGUCUUUCGUAUGGGUUUGGUUUUGAUAACAAAAGAAAUGACUACAAGAUGCUGAGAUUUGUUGAUUAUGCUUUAUACAAUAAUGGGUCUACUCGGCAGAUAGAGUUAUACUCCCUGAAAACUGAAUCUUGGAGAAAACUACUACCUGCCAUUGAUGUUAGAAUACUUUGGUACAUUGUGGACAAUGUAUGCAACAAUGGAUUCUAUUAUUGGUGGGCUUUUGAGGAGGAAGAUUACUAUAUACUAUCAUUUGAUAUGGCUGAUGAAGUGUUUGAAACAAUCCCACUACCAGAUUUUGGCCGUCCUCGUGGCAAAUUCCGUGCAGAACUCGCGAUCUUCGAUGGAUCACUUGCUGUCAUUGCUUACCCAAAGGAGGGGAUAGUAGGAUCCGUUAAUAUAUGGGUGAUGGCUGUGAAGGAGACUUGGGUGAAACAAGUGAGUAUUGGACCCAUCUGUGCGAUUAGAAGUCAUUAGGAUUUUUGAAGCCAUUAGGAUUUUGGAAGAAUGGCGGAUUGUUUUUUGAAUUGAUUGAUGGGCAGCUAGCCUUGUAUGAAUCUAGUGGUAGUUUUAAAAAACUUCUGUUUCAUAGGUCUAAAUUCCCAUCUAAAUUCUCAUUACAAGUCCUAAAUUAUGAAGAAAGUCUUGUUUCAAUCAAUGGGCGCAAGUGAGAAACUCCGGAUGUGGAACUAGAAGAGGCAAAGGGAUCAUCAUUCUUUAUAAAUUGUAUUUCCUUUUUCUUGGUUUUUAUUUCUUCUCUUCUUCCCAAUUAAUUUGUUAUCAAUAUAUUUCUAGUGAUGUAACAAAAGAUUUGUUGAUUA